AUGGACGCUUUCAAACUCCUGACUCGGUCGACGAACCUGAAAACCGGCCGUGCGGCGGCGACCUCUGCAGCGCAAACCUCGCGGCUCCCGUCUACAGGCAAGGCAGCCAACCCUCAGCUAUUCCACAACUCCGAGGCGGACCGGCUCCUAGAGGAAAAGAAGAAACAUGGUCAGAAGAGGAAGAGAGGCCACGGGGCGGACGAUGCAGGCUCUGAGGACGAGGAUGCGGCGGACUUGGACUUUUUCAGCUCGGCGAAGCGCGCCUCCACCGGCGGUGCUGUCGCGGGGAAACGACACCAAGAGCAAGCCUCGGCCGACAAGGAUGGCGACUCGGGCUCCGAAGACGGAAGCGAGAUGGAUGAGGUGCAGCGUCGGACGGUUUUGAAUGCGCAUAAGAUCAAGGUGACCGAUCUGCGCGAUCUGGAUCAGAUUCAGUCGACGAACGCGCAAACGCUGCAGACGGAAGAACCCAAGAAGAAAAAGAAGAAGAAGGCCAAAGCGCAGCAGGAGGAACCGAAGACUUUGACGAAGAAGGAGCAGAAGAAAGCCCGACGUCUAUUCCCGCAGCCUCUCGUCUCGUUCAAGGAGCUCCGCACGAAAUACAAGAUUUCCCGCCGGCUCGCGGAAAACAUCGCCGAACAAGGAUUUACGGUGCCGACGGAGGUGCAACUGGGAACGCUCCCUCUGCAGCUGGGAGACUCCAGCGUCCAGCAGGCGUCGAAACCGGGGGAGACGGUGGAGCCGGAUCUGCUGGUUGUCGCUCCCACAGGCAGUGGCAAGACGCUGUCGUUCUUGAUCCCCGUCAUCAAUAAGAUUGUGCGCCAUCACCACGAGCAGCCGGAUGAACGGGGCAUCUUCGCCGUCGUUGUCGCGCCCACCAAGGAACUUGCGAGUCAGAUUGUCAAUGAGGGCCGGAAGCUCGUUCAGGGGACUGGGGUGAAGAUCACAUUGAUGAAGAAAGGCAUGCAGGUUGUGGAACGCGACGGCGACGGGGACAGUGAUGAGAAGGAUGUUCUGGACGAAGACAGUGCGGAUUCGGGCUCGGACUCCGAGGACGACGAACAGACAACCGACAAGAAGACGAAAGGCAAAGCCCCUGUGACGAAGAGCGACAUCCUCGUAACGACUCCGUUGCUUCUCGUCAACGCGCUGUCUGCAAAUCGAACCAAGCCCCUGGCCGCUUUGCCCCUGGUGAGAAAUAUCGUUCUCGAUGAAGCCGACGUUCUCCUGGACCCGCUAUUCCGCGAACAGACUCUCGAUAUUUGGCGCUCUUGUACACACCCCGAGCUCCGGGCCAGUCUCUGGUCAGCGACCAUGGGGUCGAACGUCGAGGAUCUGGCCAAGUCGACCAUCCAAGAGCGCAAGGACCUGUCCGGCACGACAAAGUCGUACCCGUUAAUCCGCCUUGUCGUCGGCCUGAAGGAUUCCGCCAUUCCCAACAUCCAACACAAGCUCGUGUAUGCUGCCACGGAGCAGGCGCGAACCGCCACGGACGUCCACCUUCGGCCCCCGUUCUUGAUCUUCACCCAGACCAUUCCCCGGGCCGUUGCGCUCCAUUCCGAAUUACUCUACGAUAUCCCGCCCGAGGCCGGUGGCUCCUCGCGCAUCGCCGUGCUCCACUCAGAGCUUUCUGACAGCCAGCGUUCCGAGAUCAUGAAAGGGUUCCGCAAGGGCGAGAUCUGGAUUCUGGUGACGACGGAUCUAUUGGCACGUGGUGUCGACUUCCGGGGCAUCAACGGGGUCGUCAACUACGAUAUCCCGAACUCUGCAGCCGUCUACGUCCAUCGUGUUGGUCGGACCGGCCGCGCGGGCCGUGAAGGCGGCGUGGCGGUGACAUACUACACGAAAGAGGACAUCCCCUACGUGAAAAGCAUCGCCAACAUCAUCGACGUCAGCGAGAAACUCCGAGGGGCAGGCGGAGAGAAGUCCGUGCAGAAGUGGCUGUUGGAUUCUCUGCCCGACCUAAGCAAGAAGGACAAGAAGGAGCUCAAGAAGCACGGCGUCAAGGCCCGCCAGUCCAACCUCAAGAGCAUCAAAGACAACAAGGAGUUCCGGCAGGCCAAGAUCAGCACGAAGAGCGGCUAUGAGCGACGGAUGGAGAACAAGAAGAAGGGCGCCAUCGCUGCGAGCCGCAACAGAAAAUCCCAGCCGCAGGCCCCCUCAACAGGGGCAGACAGCGGCGACGAUAGCUGGAGCGGGCUUGAGGAUUAA